CCACAGUCCACUCGAGGCAGCUCGCUAGCAGGAGGCAACUCGCCAGCAGGAGGCAACUCGCCAGCAGGAGGCAACUCGCCAGCAGGAGGCAACUCGCCAGCAGGAGGCAACUCGCCAGCAGGAGGCAACUCGCCAGCAGGAGGCAACUCGCCAGCAGGAGGCAACUCGCCAGCAGGAGGCAACUCGCCAGCAGGAGGCAACUCGCCAGCAGGAGGCAACUCGCCAGCAGGAGGCAACUCG